GUGCGAGCUGAAUGGGGUCGAGGUCACUUUGGAGGGCCCGCAAGAGUCUGGGCGGUGGCGGGUGCGCAUGGCAAACGGUGGAGACGACGCAGUGACAGUCAAUGUGUGGCCGCGCAACUUGUGCGCCGUCCCGGCGGCGGCUGGCGACGGCGCCCCAGGGGGCCAGUUGGUGGCCGUCGAGGAGGAGGAUGCGUCGCAGGCGGAGAGCCAGGGCGCAGUCGUUCCCGCCGAGGAGGUGCUGCAGGACGAGCGGCGCAGUUUGCGAUGGGAGAGCGCCGGCGCCAAGAGGCGCCACGUCGAGGAGUCGGCCCCCGAGAAGAUCACUGAGUGGCUCCAGAAGCUGCAGGACCUCCGCGGCUCGCCGUCCUCGAACUGGAACGACGUCUUGUUCAGCGAGUCCACCACCCGCGGGCUGGAGAAUUUCGAGGCUGCCGUCGAGACCGUGAAACAGGAACUGCGGCACAUUGUCGAUGACACGAGAACGCCAGAAGAGCUCGCCAGCGACUUGGACUUCGACAUGCGCCCUGGUUGCCCCUUGCCCUGGCACGACGCGGUGCUCCGGGUGUGCCGGGCGCAGGGGUACAGCCACGAGUGCUUCAGCGCCCUGUUGGAUUCCAACAUUGGCUUCGCGGAGAACACGGGGACCACUCUGACCCACCUCGCGGAGUGCGACCACCGGGUGUCCCCGUCGCAGGCGGUCCUGGUGGGGCAGGGCACCAGCAUGCGGAAGAGCAAUCAGUUGGAGGUGGCUGAUGCGUUGGUGCUCGACGCGGCAGGCGCCCCCGAUUCUUGGGCGUCCCACGAGGUCUGCAUGACGGACGGGACCAAAGUGGGGACGGAACGGACUCUCGAGACGUUCAAGUGCGGGCUCCUGAGCUCCAGCGAGGGGGCAAAUACCAUUUGGGUCGAGGGCUACAGCUCGAAGGACGCGGGCAUCCACUACUUCAGCAAGCAGCGGCUGUGCCAGUGGACACAGUCGGAGGGCAUUUCUUCACCUACGGGAAAAGGGCCCAUGACCCUCAUCAAGAACACGUACAAUUUUGGGUGCCGCAUCAUCACGCAGACGGACACUGCCGAGAUCUUGAUCAAGCCGAACCACCAGGGCUUCCAUAAGCGCUUCGCGCUGGCGUUGACCAGCCAGGACAGGCCCGCGCCCCGGGCUUCCCGGGACUGGGAUCGAGAGUGGGGUCGCGAGCAUGGCGUCAGAGUUUUCGGGUGCCCCCGCAGGGCCGGAGACCCCCAGGGCUUCUGGCGCUGCCCGGGGCUUCCGGGGGCCCGGAGCGCUCGCAUUCUGCGGCAGGUUUCCCGGACACCCCCGGAGCUUCGGGACAGGGGCGUCCCGGGGUAUUCCGAAUAUCCCCGGGGCUUCGGCACGGGGGAUUUCGUGCCGCAUUCCAGCGGCGAGCCCGACCUGGCGUCGAAGCGGUUCCUCCGCGACUUCUUCGCUUGGAUGAUGCUGAACUGCGAGCCCCACAAGAGCGACAUCGAGCUCGACGAGUUCGCUCUGGCCUUGUACCAGGCAAUCGAACAGGCGAUCAACAAGUUCGCGGCGGAGAACUCCCUCAACCAGUGGUUCAAGGCGAAGCUGCUCUUCUUUCGCAGCGACCUCAUGAGAUCGGCCCUAUGCUCGAUGCGCGUGGUUCAAUUUUUAACUGGGCGCGCCCAUCCAUUGCGGCGGAAAGUGAGCUUCUACGAGUUUGCGGCGGCGCUGCAGCGAGUCGCACGGCAGUGGCGGUUGCACAGCAGCAUGUACAAGCAGCUAGCUAAAAAGCACCCCUCGGUUGCAGGCGACGGCCGGAGCGUGGGCGCGGGCAAUCCGCUCCCGCCUGACGAAGCCUUGCAAUCCGCCCUGAUGACCUCCACAGCCGUGGACGGAACCUUCACUUUUUCGGAUUUCCGCGCCGCCGUGCGCAACAGGCGCGCGGUCUUGCGCGCCAGCGGCGAGGACACGCUGAUGGUGAGGAUCACCCGGUGCGUCCAAGCCCUCGUGACCCACGGUUUGCUGACUGAGACGCCAGGCGCCGGGGUCAAGAGCAGGAAGUUCUCGAAAACCCCGCACGCGGAGCACGGCGAGAGCGCGGCGAAUUAUCGCCGCCAGCUGAAAAUCUCCGUUUCGCAUUUCCCCGAGCAGGCCGUGCCAGAUUUUUUCUGA